AAAGAGCUACCCUUUCCCGUUCCGGCCUGAACCAAGCAGGCUCGUGGACCAGAGACAUCCAGGAAUUAAGAGUUUUUUGGAACUUGGGAGGUCGCGGACGGCUGCUCCGCGGCUGUCAUCAUGCCACAAAAUGAAUAUAUUGAAUUGCACCGCAAACGGUAUGGAUAUCGUUUGGACUACCACGAGAAAAAGAGAAAGAAAGAAGGUCGGGAGGCCCAUGAGCGGUCAAAGAAGGCCAAAAAAAUGAUUGGCCUGAAGGCUAAGCUCUACCAUAAACAACGCCAUGCUGAGAAAAUACAGAUGAAAAAGACCAUCAAGAUGCAUGAAAAGAGAAACACCAAGCAGAAGGAUGAUGAGAAGACUCCUCAGGGGGCAGUCCCUGCCUACCUGCUGGACAGAGAGGGGCAGUCCAGGGCAAAAGUACUUUCCAACAUGAUUAAGCAGAAACGAAAAGAAAAGGCGGGAAAAUGGGAGGUCCCUCUACCCAAAGUUCGUGCCCAAGGAGAAACAGAAGUAUUGAAAGUUAUUCGAACAGGAAAAAGAAAAAAGAAGGCCUGGAAGAGGAUGGUUACUAAAGUCUGCUUUGUUGGUGAUGGCUUUACAAGAAAACCACCAAAAUAUGAAAGGUUCAUUAGGCCAAUGGGUCUGCGUUUCAAAAAAGCCCAUGUAACACACCCUGAGCUGAAAGCUACCUUUUGCCUGCCUAUCCUCGGUGUGAAAAAGAACCCUUCAUCCCCACUAUACACAACCUUGGGUGUGAUCACCAAAGGUACAGUGAUCGAGGUCAAUGUGAGCGAGCUGGGCCUCGUGACCCAAGGAGGCAAGGUGAUUUGGGGAAAGUAUGCCCAAGUUACCAACAAUCCUGAAAACGAUGGGUGCAUAAAUGCGGUCUUGCUGGUUUGACAGUGACAUACAAUUCAUUCCACUCAAUACCGAAGACUACAGUCAGGAAAACAACAUUGCUGGGAUCUUUCUGAACUACCAAGCAGCCUUACCAUGUGAAGUCAUCAAGAAGUAUUUAUUAAAUUGUAAAAGAAAAUAAAACACUGCCGAGUUUUA